AUGCCUUUAAUUGAAUUAUAUCCUUUAUUAGUCCAACUGGGAGCUUUACCAGAGUUCAAGGAUGAAGAUGUUACUCUUGAAAUUGAAAACGUUGGAAAUAUUUCUGAAAGUCUCACUAUGGAUUGUCACAGCUUCCAUAAAUCAAUCAAAAUGAAGCUAAAUUGUAACAGUGUUCGAGUUGCUAGUAAGUCAAAAAGUAAAAUUUAUUUAUCUGUUAAAUUUUGGGAUAAAGAAAAAAAGCAAUCAGUUAAUGAGUAUUUCUUCGGAAUAAUAAAUCUAAAAGGUACGCAGCAGGACUUUAAAGUGCCUGUGUAUGGCAAAUCUUGUCUAACAAAUUUAGUCAACAAGACAAGACAUGAUUCAUUGCGGUGCUCACUUGGUACUUGUUCUACCAUGGCCUUGAUGAUUGACAAAUUGUGUAAAGAAAAUCAUUCAGUAUUGGACACUUGUAUUGCCCCGUUUGUGUACAGUGCUAUGAUAGAUGGAAAAAUGGAAGAUGUCAACUAUUUUAUUCAGCUGGUAGAAACGUCUUCUUGGGAUAAUGCAUUAACCAGGUUUUCUGCUUACCUUACCAGAUCUUUUGAAAUGGAAGAACUUCUAUGUCUCCAACAAAUUGCGUCACUUUCUGAUGCUUUUAAUCUUGCCAUGAAAUACUCAAAUGAAUUAAAUUUGAAUUAUUUUGGUUCCUGCCUUCGAGGCUUUCUUGAUUAUGAAUAUAAAGAUAAGAUGGAUUUAAUAGCAUUAGUGUUUAACAUAAGUUUAAAUUAUUUUGGAAAGAAAACAAAAAACCCUUUUAAAGAGCUACAACAACUACAAGAAAUGUUUGUUGAUUGUGACAUAUCUAAUGGAAAGGAUGGAAUCGUAAUGUUAAUUAGGCUGCUAAAAAGUGGCUGGAUUCGAGAAGACAAAAGCGUUUCCAUGCUUGGUUCAGUACUGGAAAUGGUAUUAACAGAACUAGAAGAAAAAAACGAAUUUGCUGACAUUGUUAAAAUGGUUUUGAGGAGUAUCAACACACCCUCUGCUUCAGAAAUACUGUCAACUUUAAAUGAUACUGAGAACAUUCAAACCACGCUUGAGUCUGUUAAAAACGCAUUUGACAUGCUAAGAUGUGCACAAUCAAAUCGCUCGAAUGAGUCAAAUAUACUUCUGCAUAUUAAGGAUGUAUUAGUUUCUACAUGUGAUGAAUUGAAGUCCAGAGAGAAGCAACAUAUUUUGGAUCAAUUGUAUUACUUCGCACAGAAUUUCUUUCAGCGUCUUCGUCAUAAAGUUAACGUAGAAGUAACAACGGUUUUUGAAUUUUUCUACAAUCUUUCAACCGUUGAAGAUGAAAUUAAUUUAACAUCAAUGUUAGAUGUGGUAUCACAUUUAAUGAUAGAUAAAGAUGUAGCGGAAAAGUGUAGCAAUACUGUUGAAAAGGUAGCUUUGUUGAUAGGUGAUCUGGCUUUUAAAAAAGAAUUAACUAUCAAGAAAGUUUUCGUGAUAGCUAAAACUGUUCUUAGUUUGGACGGUAUUGAUGAGAAGAUGAUGGAAGAAAGAAUGUACACCUUUGUAGAGAAGAUUAACGCUUUUAAAAAAAAGAUAUUAACUAAUACGGAUUGCGAUUAUAAGACAUACUUUGAUCUUUCGAAAGAACUACUACAAAAGAAAACCAUUAAUUUGGAUGCUGCUCAAAAAUUUAUCGAAACUGUGAGUAACUUUGGACAAAAUGUUGUAAAAGAACAGUUUUUACAUACUGAGGAAGUAAUAAAUGUCGCAUGCACUAUUGCAGGAAUUGGAAAUUCUUGUUCCUUGCACAAAAAAAUGGAAGACUUAACAACUUAUGUGUCUUCCUUUUUCAGUUCUCUUGAAAAAGAUUGCUAUUUAUCCAGCGCAAACCUAAAAGCUUUAAUGGAGUUUGGCUCCAUAAUUGGUAUGACUAAGCACAUGAAUGAUUUAUUCAAAAUGUUCGAUAUAGUAUUGGAAGGUGUGAAAGGAAAUGAAAAGAAAAAGCUGUCUUCGCAGGAUAUUUUUAAAGUAUGUGAAAACCUUGUACAAGUUAGUCAUACUAAAAGACCUUUGUUGUGUUUGUUGAAAAUAACCCAAAGUUUGCAUAAAUUCGCUGAUUUGGUAUCUAGAAAUGGGAAAGUACAGAAAGGCUUUGUACAGUCGUGUAUUUUUGAGAUUAAAAAGGAGUGCAAACAUGUCAAUAUCGACUUCAAGCCAAUAACUGAAGCUAUUGUAGAAAUGAUUGACAACAUACAAAUUACUAAAACAAAUGUCUUAUCAAAGGAAUAUCUCAUAAACUUGUUAUCCACUGUUGUAUCUCCUGAUGACGCAUCAUUUUUUGUGUCACUAAUACACCAGGUUGAAUUAUUAUUGCAAAUAGAAAAUAGCGCAUUUAAUGAUCAUAGCCAAGUUAUAAAAAUAACAAAAGAACUAGCUGCCAUGUUGCUCGAAGAUUGUGAUCCGCAACAUGUUGAUGCAAUUAAUAGUAUUUUAUCUUCAGCAGUAAAAUGCAACAGCCCUACAAUUACAUAUUCAUUGACUUUUGCUAAGAAAAUCGCUGAAAUUCUGGGAUCAUCUAAAGAACAAUCACAGCUACUAAAGUUUUGUGUAAUUUUGUUAGAUCAUGGCAAGUGUAUUUUAAAAGAUGCUAAUCAAACUUCAAGUGGCAUUUACAGUACAACAUGCCUGAUCUUGCAAAUAUAUGGUGCUUCUGAUGAGGUCAUGCAGGCUGUCAAAAUUUCAGAAUGUGUGGAGUGCUUUGCUAACAAAAUAAUCAGAAAGAAAUCAUGUGAUGAUUCAGAUACACUGCAGUUAAUGGCCAAGGUUACUGAGUAUGAACAAUGUGUUGGUUUACCAGAAGAAUUGUUGUCGGUGGCAGCUAUGGUCUAUCAGCUCUACCUUGACUUAGUUUCAGAAAAAAGAUCAGUAACAAAGCUGGAUAUUUUGAAUAUAGCAAAACGAUGUAUAAUCUCUAAAACAAAUUCCUGCUAUGACGUAAUUGACUUUAUGGGAAUAUCAAAAAUUGUAUGCCAAUCGAUAACAUGUUGGGGUAAUAAAGACCUGUGUGCUAAAAAGGACGCCAUUAUACAUGUUUUAGGUAUGCUGCAGCAUGCUAAUAAUUUGCUACCAAAGUUUAAUGACUUUUUGGAUUUACUAUUUUCUUUAAAGAAUUUGCUAGAUGCAAAAGAGCCAUUUAUCGAUCAUUCUGAUGCAAUUUUGCUGAGCGUUAAGGUGCAAUCACUACUAUUUGAAGAUAAGAAAGAAAAACAAGAAUUUUCGUGUGCUAAGAAUAUUAUAGACAUAGUUGAUGACGAGGAAUUAAAUUUAAUAUCCACAUUCAAUAUUCUCAUUCACGUAUUAAAGUCAUCAAAUGUUGAUAAAUCAUUGAUUUACCAGCUACAAAAACUUACAGAUUUGCACGAAACCAUGCUUAAACUCGUGGAAAUUAUAUCACGAGUAAUUUGUAAUGAAUGCUGGGAAACACAGUUGGUUGAUAUUGCUACACACCUUAGCACGCUGUAUGACUUAUUGAAAACAAAUGCUGACUCUACCAUAGUAAGAAGUUUUAUUUUCGGCAUAACGUCAUUAAUUUCUGCGAAAAAUAAAGUAGCUUUGGUAUUCUCAUCAAAGCUUUUGCUGACAAUAUCUACAAAACUGAUGUUGCUUGAAAAAGAGGAGUAUGUGGCUAAUACUUUUCCUGCUGUAGAAGAAGAAGAUAGUUCAAGUGCAUAUAACAGAAUAAAUGAAUUUGAUUUACAUAUUCUCAGGAUGGAAUUUUCCCUCACUGAAGGAAAAACUGAUAAAAAAAAUAAACGCGUAAAAAGUAAUCGAAAACGUCUAACAGACGAGAGCACUUCUGCUGCAACUGUUUCUGUGGUUGAUAGUAUCGAAUUACCACACGAUGCACAUGGGGAUGUUGACCGAGUUCAGGACACAGCAUCAUCAGAAGAUAAAGAUUUGGAUCAUCCUGUUUAUGCGGAAUUGACAAAAAAUUUGCAAAAGCUUUAUGAAAAUAUUUGGCUUCUUGAGAAAAUUGUCCAGUCAAACACUUUUGUCAGUGUGGAAAUAACAGACAUUAUUUCUGUUAUCAACAAGCUUUACACAGAAAUUACUCGCAUCGACUUUAUUUUAGAUGACAUGUUACAUACACAUCUAUGCCAGAAAAUAGCCCAAUCUCUUCCUAAAGAAACACUAAAAGACAUUGUUUUAAGCUGUUUACGUCUUUUUAAUAUCGUGGAUAUAACGUCACAGGUUUGGCAUAGAAAAAAAAUCAAGGGAGACUUCAAGUUAUAUUUCCAAGAAAUGAAAAAGAUGAUUAAGGAGAAUUUAAACUUACUGUUGAGUGCAGUGUCAAAUGAAGAGGCAUUGUUGGUACAAGCCGAGUUGGAAAAAAUGGGUAUUAACAUAAAAUUUUCCUCUUUAGCAGAGGAUUAUGAAAUUGAGGAUCAGGUUAGUUAUGAGCAUAGUCUCAAAUUUGAAAGAUCAACGACAAGGGAAGAUCCGGCUAAAAAGUUUGCAAUAACUGGCAAUAUUUCGGUUUCGGAUUUCGAAGAAACCAAAACUGAUAUUUCUGUCAAUUUUGGUCUUCCCAAUUACUGGCUAAGUGUCCGUCAAGAUCAAAGUAAUUGCCUUGAGAAUAAGAGCACAAAUUUGGAAUCAGAAAUCACGUAUGGCGUUAUUAUUCCACCAAAGUUUAAAUCCGAUGGAGAUUCAUCAUCAAGUACACGGAGUGAAAGAAAUUCGGACAAAUCUGAAUACGUAGUAAAUCCAAAGCGUGAGCUUUUACCACUGAGCCGCGGAAAAAGUAGUUCUAAGUCAUCAACUAAAGUAAAGGUUCGUCUAACAGAAGAACAAAAGAGAUUAAUUAAUCAAAUGUGCAAAGAAGCGUUGCGAGAUCUGCAGUCGAAUGAAGGGAUCAACGAAGUUUCUGAAUACCAAAGCGUAGAUGAACUCCAAUCAGCUGAACCAGAGAAGUCAAAGUAUCAAUUACUUGCAAGAUUAACCAAAGGAAUACAAUCCAACUGUCUCCAUAUAAUGAAGAGGAUAAAAAGUGAUGCAGACGCAGCUAGAGGUGAGACAGUUGAAAGGCAAAUGUUUAAAUUUGUUUUUUUGGUUGAUAAUUCUGGCAGCAUGAAUGGUGACAAGAUGACAAUGGCAUUGAAUAUUUUAAUAAUUUUACUUGAAACCUUUAAACGUAUGGAAUACGAAACGGCAGUAGUCAGAUUUGGUGGAGAAGAAAGUCAAGUUACGUUAAAAAGCUUUCAGAAUGUAAUGGACAGCAGUAGAGGACAAUUCAUUAUUGAAGCUUUCAACGCGUCAGAAAAAACCUUAGCUGCAGAUGCUGUGAAGUACGUGGCAGAAAAAGAAGAGUUGUUCGGCUGUUCAAAAAUGAAAAACGAGCACCGAUUUAUAAUGCUAAUUACUGAUGGAAUUUGGGCUCAGCAAGACAAAGCCGAUUAUACAAAUCACUUGUAUAAGGCGGAUGCAAGACUGAUGAUCUUAACUACUCAUCCCAGAAAGGAUAAAGAUUUAGAAUUGUACAACAUGAGUGUACGUCGUGCUAAAAGUAUCUUAGACAACAUUGCACCUGGUGCUUGUAUCGAUUUUGAUGGUGACAAAGACCUGGCUGCACUUAUGGAAGAUAUCGCAAGAAUGAUCGAUGCGCAUCUACGAGAUAUAUUGUCUACAGUACAACACAAGGCUACGUAUCAAUUUGCAGAGGUUAAGCACCUUGCGAUACCUUCUACCUUGAACAUUAGUCAGCACUUAAAGUACAAGCAUGUUGGAAGUAUCGAUUGGGGACCAUCUGAUUUUACUUACGUUAGUAAUCCACUAACAGAUUUCAAAUUUUUGCUUCCAAACGAUGAUUUCAUGGAAGCAUUUAAUAAAGUUGCUGACAAUCUCCCGCGCAAUGAUUCUCCUGUUGACGGUGACAGAAUUAAUGAUGCAAUUACUCAACGAGCACGCAUCGUCGACAAAGAAGAAGAAGCAUUAUCUGAUAUGAUCUCACAGCUGGACAAUGUGAUUGACUUGGUAGCAUUUCCAAACAAUAGACCAACUCGGACGAUGGAAGAUUAUCAUGGACCAACAUUUUCUCUUAGAGGAUUUAUAAAGUUCAUUUGCACAGAUGGACAGUACAAGAAAAUUUAUGAAAAUAUGAUUGGACAUCCCAGAAAAGAUUAUCUGGUUUCGGUUAUUUUAGACACAUCAGUCUCCAUGGCUGGUAUGUCAGCCGUGGGUGCAAGUCAAGCCUAUAUUUCAUUAGCAUCUGUGCUCCAAAGAAAUGGAAUUGAAUUUAACUUGCUAACAGUUGGUAGUUCAGUUUCUGUUGUGAAGGAAUUUGAUCAAGAAUGGGAUUAUGAAAGUAAAGCUAGAGCUUAUGAAGCCAUCGACUUCACCGAAACAUCUUCUAUGCUUUCAGAUGCUAUCAUGCAUACAAUCCGUCUCUACUCAACAAGCAAAUCUUCAAGAGGUAGCAAAACAAUGUUUAUCCUGACAGAUGGGUACGCUUCUGCACCAUACAAAUUGCGGAUGAGUGUAUCACAUGCGGAAAGUCUUGAUAUACAAGUAAUUGCUUUGGGUGUUGGUUUUUUUACAGACGCCAUCUUUAGAUACUUCCCGAAUUAUAUCGUUGUAAACAAUCCGAAGAUGCUAGCGAAAGGUCUGCACAGAUUUUACUGUGGUGAAGGUCAGAAUGAGGUACCGAAUUCCGAGUUGAAGUAUAAAGUUGAACAAGAGACUUCUGUCAAACACGAAGGACAAGAACUGACAAAACUGGAACAAAUUUGGAGCAAAAACAUGAAAGAAUUUUAUAAAAAUAAAGUGGAAGAAAUCAAUAAAAAUGCACUUUAUAUGGCCAUCAAUCCUAUUCGCAACAGCUGCAAUUCAAUGUCUAUCGACUUGUGUUUCGUUUUGGAUACGACUGGAUCCAUGGGACCUUACAUAGAAAUGGCGAAGAAAUAUAUUGUGAAAAUGACAACUGAUAUUAAGCAGAAUGUGAUGUCUCAAAGUGGAAGGACUGCUAUUCUCAGAGUGGGUUUUAUCAGUUACAAAAUUCGUGGUCAAGCAGGUAACCUUCAAGAGCAGCCUUUUACAGAAAAUAUAUUAGAAGUACAGAAAAUGGUUCAAACGUUAAAAGCAUCGGGUGGAAGUUUAGGUGGCGUGGAAGACAAAUAUGAAGCAAUCGAAAAAGCAAUGUCGUUGAAAUGGCAAAGUGGUGUGAAAUUUAUGGUGUUAAUUGCCGACUGGCCCGGUCAUGGUCUUUGGUGUACUGGACCCUCACUAUCAACAAGCGACAACUACCCUGACAGAGCGGGUGAUAUGCCUGGUCUUGUCACGCAAAUAGCGAAAGCUGAAAUUCACAUGAUGUAUGUAUCGAUUACAAAUCUAACCGAUUAUGAACGCAGCAAUUUUCGCGAUCAGUUUUUAAAGUCGGCUCCAAAAAAGAUGCAGAAAAAGGGGUUUUUAGAGUUGGAUAUUAAAAAUAACAAUGAUGCUGAACACCUACAGGGCAUGAUUACCACAGAAAUUAAUCAAAUUAUCUGUUCAGAGUUUUUGUAAAAUUUUAAAUUUGGUUAAGUAAACUUAUACAAUUUUUAAGGAAUUUAGUAAAUGUUACAAAUAAAUAAAGAUAAUUUUAUGCGUUUGUAUAUGUUUCUCUUUAUUUUUCUUUGAUUUUGUUAAGAAAGAUGUGUUAAAUGUCCAGUUUCUUCCCCACGUGUGUAAAUAACAAUUUCACUGCAAAAAAAGAGGCUUUUUCGUAUUUAAUUUUUGUCGAAUUAUUAUAAAAUAGAUGUAUUCCUGUAGAAGUUGUGAAAUUAAACGUAUAUCCGUAGAAUUUAUUAUAACAGGUAUAAAAAAGGCUUGCAAUUGUCGUAGUUAUAUUUGAUACUUGAUGUGUCAUUGUAAAUAUAUGAUUUCUUAACAUUGUUACAAUUAUUAAAGUUUAUGCUAAAUCUGCAAAUUUUGAUUUACGAUUUGAUUCGCAGAUUUAUGUCGAGUUUUAAUUUUGAAAAUUAUUUUUGCUUGCGUUAUAAAUAACAAGCGUCGCUACGCGGUUAAUUUUUGCCGUUACUCAAUUCUGGCAAUAGAUAAGUGAAAUCAUCCAUGAUAAAUAAGAAAAGCUGUAUUUUUUAAUUCAAAUAUAUUUCAUAUAGUAAUUUUGUAAUUGUUUAUGUUUGUAAAAGUUUUUUCUUAUAUGUAACUUUCUUUUUUAGAACCUUAUUCUAUAUUAUAACUAGUAUAUUUAGACUUCAACUUAAUUGUAUGUAACUUUUAUGAAAAAAAGCAAUUGGGACAAUGUUUGUUUUUACCUCGUU